AUGGUCAUGUACCUGGUCAUAGCAAUCAAAACAGGCCCCACUCUUGCGGCAGAGCAGCAACCCAUGGCCGGUGCGCGCGGGACCUUGGCUGUGUUCCCCGCCCGCAGGCCCGCCUGCUUAGCUGCCACCGCCUACCUACCUAGAGACCCUACAGCGAGUGAGUACCUACAUGUACCUACCAAGUAUGGUAUGCUGUUCUAUGCUAGCUAUGCUGCCAGCCCGAGCUUACCUGUGAACCUCACCUCCUGCUUCCCUCUGCCUCCCUCUACAUGCACCCACUCCACAGCAAUCAUAGUCCCCCGCCAUCAAUCGCCAUCCCAUACACAAAUCUUGCACAUCUGCUCGGCAACCCUCAGCUCCCUCUCACUCAGCCUGACGCCGGCAGGGUUCCCGUCGUCAGUGUGCAACUUUCUGCGACGGGACCGCUUGCUUCUGCAGAUUACACCUUCUCCGAAACCACCAUUGUGCUCGGGGAUUGGCUGCCGCUCUAAUAACAGAAAUUUCACGGUGCAGCUUGACUCUCCCAAUUGGGUAUUUUCGGCAUCCCCCAUCAACCCGCCUGCCCCCUCGCACCGGCACCUUGGUUGUGUCAAUGGACCGAAGCAUUCGGAGCCUGCUUCAUUGCCCUUUUUGCAUCCUGCCAUGGGAAAAGAAAAAAUCCCUCGACUGCGACCUCUCUCCGUGCCCCUCUCUCUUUCUCUCCUCUGCCUCUCACAACUCUUCCCCGCCUCCGUUGAAUUUCGUUUCUGCGCCGCCAGCUAA